UGAAAAAGGCCAUCAACUUUGGGAAGAUGACGUACCUAACCUUAGGAUUCUGUCUGCUCAUGGUUUCAGCUCUGAUCAAAGAGACUGACACAGCUGUAAAGACAGAAGACAAGCCCGUCGCAACCACAGCUAAAAUCCACACUAACGCCUCAACAACUCCCAAGACCUCACACACCACGGACAUGCCCAAGACAACACACCCGACCCACAAAACAACUAAGGCCACCACUAAAGCCACUUCCAAGAGCUCCCACACCAGCAUACACGUGGACAAGACAACUAAAGGAGGGAGUCCAGCCAUCAUGACUUCUUACACCCUCCUUCUUGGAUCCCUGGCCUCCACCCUUUUGUAUCUCCUCCUGGGCUGAACUUCGGCAAAGCUGCCUUCCUGAACUGGCCCCAGCAGUGCCCUUCCUGAGACUGUCCUGAAUUUGUGAUCCAUUUCUAAGACGGGCACAGCCUUCGAAAAGGUUUCUAUUUGUGGUAAAUUUUCAUUUUUAUAAUCCUUACCAGCAGCUCCACAGACUCAGUUCAGAGCUAAAAAAUAAAUAUGCUAAAAUCAUAAAAAAAAGAAUAUCAGUAAGCUUGUUCUUGAAGGCGCCCCUCAGUGUCUGAUCUAAAUGGAAAUCCAUUCUUCAUACAAAGGUACUAAUAAACAGGAAUUGAACAAAAUUGUUGACAGAUAUGUCCACAUAUCUCACACAAAAUGAACAAUGUGUUUAAAGAGUAACCUGGGCAGUCUUGGGCUUGGACUGGGGAGCUAAAGAAUCUCAGCUAGCUCCACUAUAUGAAGGAAGAAAAGCUAUUGCAGUCGUAUACAGGUACAUUAUACAUUCUAAGAUAUGCAAUAUUAUAAAUUUCUGAUGUUGGCAUUAAAAGACUUUCUUUGCUUUGUUUUGUGCUUGGGCUCAUUAGUGCACUGUCCAUUGUGUAGAUACAAUCCUGCAUCAAUGUAUGGGUUUAGCCUGAAAAUAAUCAAAGAUGAUACAAUUUUAAUAUCCAUGUUAGAAAUCUUCUGUUAAAAUUACCUCCUCACUAUUUUAACGACAACACAUGAAAAAGAGAAUAUUACUGGUUAUGUACCUGCUUGUAUGAAUACUACGUCUGCCAUGUGUGGAGGAUUAUCUA